AUGGUCAGACACAAUGAUACGUCGACAUCACUUCGGCGGCUGCUUUCAAGAACGCGAGAUGACGGUUCCCGCACGUCGGCUAGUCAGGCUAGCGCCGAGUACCGUCAAUCAGUGAGCUUCAGCUACACCCAUGCGGCGGAAGAGCGCUCGCCCAUGCCAUCAGCAGCUUCGAUGAUGAGCUCGUCCGGCUCUAGCUCUCAGUCGACGCCCAUAAGUACCGCUCCGGCGCCAGACGAUAAGCAACCCUUUGUCGACGCCUUUAGGCCGUCUGAGCAGCCAAGUGGCAGCUACGGCAUCGUCCGCAAUCGCACGACCUAUGACUACCCUCAGACGCCUUCAGACACGGAUAGCAGCAAGUCACCCGAGCAUGCAUCUAUCAAUGAGAUCCCUCACUUGCCCGAACUCGGCUCCUCGGCUGCAAGUCAAUAUGCAGUCUUUCCCCUUACGCCAUCGUCUACGUCCACCCAAGAAAGCUCGCUAGACGGUAUGGGCAGCAAAUCGAUGCAUGACAGCGAAGCAGCCUCUGAGCCACCUGUCAUAGAGACCAUCUCGAGCUUUGCUGCCAAACGGAGUGCUCAGCACCUCGAUCCCACAGCUGAGAGCCAGCGACUGGCCCGCUUGGGCUACACCGAGGAGCUCUCACGGAAUCUUGAUCUCUGGGCAGCGCUCAGCAUGACGGUCUCUAACAUGGGCUUUGUCUCUGGCGCAUUCUUUGGUAUCCUGACAACCGAGGACUACGGCGGCUCUAGCGCCCUGGCAUUUGGCUUCCCUAUCACUGGCAUCUUCAUGAUUAUAAUGGCUGCCGUUGUAGCCGAACUCGCCGGGACCUAUCCUGUCGCAGGGGCAAUGUACAGCUGGACCUUUCUCCUCUGUCGUGCUUGCCCACCCCUUCGCGGCUCAGCUCGAUAUAUCUCUUGGGUCACCGGCAGCUUCUUGCUUUGUGGUCACAUCUUGACGCAAGUCUUGCUCAGCUGGCAAUUUGCCGUCGCAAUGCAGGGAUGCGUCAGUAUUAUUUAUACUAGCUAUAGUCCCCGCGACUUCCACGCCCUCCUCAUCGCUUAUGCACAAACUAUGGUCAUCUGCGCAUUCAUUAAUCUCCCAGUCUCUCGUUCUGCUUGGUUCUGGAAGGUCGUCGGACUCCAAAUACUUGCUACUUGCUUCCUUGCCGUCAUUUCUUUGCUUAUCUACACCAGUCCGAAGCAGUCGGCGUCUGAAGUUUUCUUUUCGUACAGCAACAAUACGGGUUACAAGUCGGCUGGCGUCGUAUAUCUUCUCGGCUGGGUCUUGACUUGCAUCACCACUGGCUUUGAGACUGCGCCUCACAUGUCAGAAGAGACGAAAGUGCCUGCCAGAACGAUCCCACGCGCUGUCUUUUGGUCAACCGUCAUCUCAUACGUUCUAGGAUCACUGCUCACCUUGGUGGUGUUGAGCAGCGCGAGGAGAUCUUCUGCUGGCCUGAAAUCAGAGCCAAGGCCAUAUUUUGCGCCCGCUGAGAUACUCUUCGAAAAUCUUCGUCGGCCUCUGGCCCUUGCCAUCCUCGUUAUGGUGCUCGUUGCCAUGCUGUGUCAAGGCGCUGCUCAGAUGCUUGGCACUUCUCGAUUCACAUGGGCGCUUGCAAGAGAUUCUGCGCUCCCAUUCAGCUCUCAUCUGAGACAUGUCAGCUCGCACCAUCGCUUGCCUCGACGAGCUAUUCUGGUGGUCGCUACAGUGAAUCUGAUGGCACUGACGCUCAUCAUGAUCAAUAGCGACAUAGUCACUUCUCUGUUCAUACGUGGCGCCGGUUCAAGCACGUUCCUCGCCUACGCUGCGCCGAUUGCGAUACUCCUUAUCUCCCCAGCUGGUGUCCUGGAGUCCGGCCGAUACAAGAUCUGGACGCUGCGCGGCUUUCGCAAGCCAAUGGCGAUCGUCUCUGUGCUGUUCGUAACAUUGAUACUGAUCGUCAUGUGCUUCCCGACAAGCCUACCUGUUACGUCGAUCUCGUUAUCUUAUGCACCUAUAGUGACCGGUUCAGUGCUGAUUCUCGCUACGCUAACCUGGAUCGUCUACGGCAAUUCGCAUUAUGCUGGGCCGAUCAAAUCAGUGACCUUCUGGACGACUGGCGGUCAGGAAGUGGCGCUACCCAAGUCGGCGAUCCAUUCGACAUCUCUACCAGGCGCUGGAAUAACAUCUACAGAGGUUCAUGGCAAGACGGCGCAUGUCUUCGACACGUCUACUGCGGGUCAGUCGGACAUCGAAGAUCAAUGUGCAGACUCGAUGGAAAGUCGAUGGCAAGGCGGGGACGAAUCCAUGUUUCAGCUAGAUACAUUCGACGAUGGCAUCAGCCAUACAGGCAGCCGCGAUCCCGUUCUGCGCGCGUGA